AAAAAAGAGAAGAAAAUAAAUAACCAGAAGUGGUAUAGUCUAGGCCGAUACAUUUCACUAUCUUUCUCUCUCUCUCUUUCCUCUUUCUCUUUCUCAUUUUGAUUCUCCUACUCACACACAUUUAAAAACAAAAAAAGGGAUUCAGAUUUAUAAGAGGGUGAUGAUGUCUUCGAGACAAAGAUUGGUAAGAAGAAAAAACUAAAGAGAAACGACCAAAAAACUCAAGCAAACAGUACUUUAUAUCUUCCUGUUGCAAAACAGAAGAAGAUGUCUUGUAAUAAUGGAAUGUCUUUUUUCCCUUCAAAUUUCAUGAUCCAAACCUCUUACGAAGACGAUCAUCCUCAUCAAUCUCCUUCUCUUGCUCCUCUCCUUCCUUCUUGCUCUCUACCUCAAGAUCUCCAUGGGUUUGCUUCGUUUCUAGGUAAGAGAUCUCCAAUGGAAGGGUGUUGUGAUUUAGAACCAGGGAACAAUAUGAAUGGAGGAGAAGACGAUUAUUCAGAUGAUGGGUCUCAGAUGGGAGAGAAGAAGAGAAGGUUGAACAUGGAACAAGUCAAGACACUGGAGAAGAAUUUUGAGCUAGGAAACAAACUUGAACCAGAGAGGAAAAUGCAGCUGGCUCGUGCCUUAGGUUUACAACCAAGACAGAUCGCGAUUUGGUUUCAAAACAGAAGAGCUCGUUGGAAAACAAAGCAGCUUGAGAAAGAUUAUGAUACUCUUAAACGACAGUUUGAUGCACUUAAAUCUGAAAAUGAUCUUCUUCAAACUCAUAAUCAGAAACUCCAAGCUGAGAUAAUGGGAUUAAAAAGCAGAGAACAAACAGAGUCAAUAAACCUAAACAAAGACACAGAAGGAUCUUGCAGUAACAGAAGUGAUAACAGUUCAGAUAAUCUCAGACUCGACAUCUCAACUGCACCGCCUCCAUCGAUCGAAAGCACAUUAACCGGUGGCCAACCACCACCGCCACCGCAGACACUCGGUAGACACUUCUUCCCACCGUCGUCGCCAGCCACCGGGACGACGACGAAUACUACUACAACAAUGCAGUUCUUUCAAAACUCGUCUUCAGGACAGAGUAUGGUGAAAGAAGAGAACAGUAUCAGUAACAUGUUCUGUGCAAUGGAUGACCAUUCUGGUUUUUGGCCGUGGCUUGAUCAGCAACAGUACAACUGAAACUGGUCUACUUGUCUUUUUUCUCUCUUUUUCUUCUUCUUUUUUUAUUUAUUAUAUAUACAUAUAUAUUUUUUUUGUAUUUUGAAUUUUGAUCAGAAGAACCCAUGCAUGUUUCAUUAGCUCACUUUUGAAAUCUGUAAACCAAACACCACCGAGUCUAUUCUUUUUUUUUGAGUGAUGAGAUGCUAAAAAAUGGGUAA